UCCCAGGUUCUGAUCAUAAAGUAACGAAAGCCCAUCGUCAUGCUUAAGUUGGUGGUUGUUUCCGUGCUGGCGAGCAUCGUCUCCGUGCAAUGUGGAACUAUUCUUGCUCCCGCCGUCGGCAGGCUCGUCUCCGAAAAGGUCAUCGAGGCUCACGGUAACAGCGUGGUGCACGCGUCGGCGCCCUUGGUGGCUGCCGUGGCGCAGCCCGCGUUCCUCAAGCACGCGGACGUAGCGCUGGUGCAGCAUCCGAUCGUCGAGAUCGCGCAGCCGUUGACGAAGGCCGCCCUGGUCGCCGAGAGGACGAUCGAGGCCCACGGGCAUCAAGUGAUCCACAAUGCCCAGCCGCUGAUCGGGGUGGCGAAACCACCUAUUCAGUCGCACGUUGCGAUACCCACGCUCGCCGCUCGCGGAUUAGCGUAUCCUCAUCACUACGCGCCCAUCUACUACUCGGCGUAUCCUCAUCAGCUGGUCGCCGAAAAAACCGUGUCCAGUUAUGGACAUAGCAUUCAACACCUCGCCGGCCCAACGAAGACCUUAAGACUCUUAAAGGAUCAUCCAUCAUCAUCGGUCUUUGGCAUUCGAAAAAUUGCUCAUCCGAAACCGUCACCGUCGUUCCCGAUCAUCCUCACGGUCGACGUCGCCCUCGUAGAUCACUCCGAGGACUAA